CUUUUGUCAGUUUUUGGAAACUAAAGUUUUGGGGUUAUGUUGUUAAGUGUAAUAUGAUUGCAAAUAUUUAUGAAGCAUAGAAUAAAUAUUUUUAGUUCUUUCAAUAUCAAAUAUCAGUAUGGAGGCGCCUUCUAUGGAAACUAUUUAUCAAGCAAUCAGUGCUCUCUAUGAUAACCCAAAUAGAGAAGAAAAAGAAAAGGCUUCAGUUUGGUUAGGAGACGUACAGAAAUCUAUACAUUCAUGGAAAGUCGCAGACGAAUUACUUAGGCAAAAGAAAGAUGUACAGUCUUGUUACUUUGGUGCUCAAACAAUGAGAUCAAAAGUGCAACAUAGUCUUUCAGAGUUGCCUGAGGAAUCACUUAUUUCUCUCCGAGACACCUUAGUUGGGCAUUUGGAGAACACUUCCCCUGAUACUACAUCAGCGAUAUUGACACAGCUUGCACUGGCCUUUGCAGACCUAGUAUUACAAAUGAUAUCAUGGCAAAAUUGUGUUAGUGAUAUGAUAAAACUGUUUGCAAACAAAAAUGACUUCGCUUUGUUGGAAGUGCUAACAGUUUUUCCUCAAGAAAUCGACUCCUCUAAUCUUAAGCUUGGGGAGAAUCGUCGUGAACAAAUAAAAAUGGAGUUAAGGGCUAACUCUCAAAUUGUAACAAUGUUUCUAAAGGAAUGUUUAAACAAUACAAAUACACAUGUAGCUCUGAAGGUUAUUAAAUGUAUGACAUCUUGGAUUCAAGUAAAAGCUAUGAGCACACAGGAGGUACCUAAUAAUGCAGUGAUAGGCUUCAGUUUACAAGUUCUGAAGGAUUACAAUUCUAUCAAUCUUUUACAUGAAGCUGCGUCUGACUGUGUGUGCUCAAUACUGAAUUGCUUAGCUGCAGAUAAGUGUGAUGAUGUUCAGAAGCUGUUAUUUGAUAGUGUGUCAUCAUUAGAAGAGAGCUAUCAUAUGGCAGUUGCACAUGAAGAAGAGGAGAAAGCAGCAAAUUAUGCUAGAGUAUUUACUGAAAUGGCUGAAUCACUCUUGGAAAAGAUUAUUCUCAGUACAAUGAAUGGGGAGAAACAUUAUGGGUUGAGAUCCCUAGAAUUAGCAUUAGUUUGUGUUGGUCAUCAUGAUUAUGAAGUAGCAGAAAUCACCUUUAACUUAUGGUAUCGACUAUCUGAAGAAGUGUAUGAACGAGAUUAUCAACCUCUAACUGACUCCUUUAAGCCGCAUAUUAAACGUUUAAUUGAAGCUCUUGCAAGACAUUGUCAGUGUGAACCAGACCAUGCAAACUUGCCUGAUGAUAGUGAUGAAUUUUUUGAUUUCAGGUCGAAAGUGAUGCAACUUAUAAAAGAUGUAGUGUUUAUAGUAGGUUCAAGUUCCGUAUUUCAACAAAUGUUUGCUAGCCUUCAGGGCAACAUGCCUUGGGAACAGACCGAGGCUGCUCUAUUUAUAAUGAGGACUGUUGCCAAAAAUAUAGUACCGGAUGAAUAUGAGUAUGUACCAAAAGUUAUAGAAGCCAUCCUCUCCAUGCCAGAAGACUCCCAUCCGGCAGUCAGAAAGACUUGUAUUCAGCUGCUAGGGGAGCUCUGUGAGUGGAUAGAGAAACAUCCGGAGUGCCUAGAACCCUGCCUGCAACUGCUUAUUCGCUCUCUUAAUGACAAAAAUAUGGCGCACUCAGCUGCUACAGCAUUACAGCACAUCUGCAAGUCUUGUCGCGAGCACGCAGCGGCGCACGUGCCGACGCUGCUUCGUGCAGCCGCGCUCGCCGAUGACCUGCAGCUGCCACUACACACAGGCGCCGCCCUCCUGCGCGCGCUCGCCUCCGCCACAGGCCGUCUGCCGCACGACCAACUGGCACUGGCGAUGCAAGAGGCGGUGGCGCAGCAGCUCGGCGGCUUGCGCACGUUGCUGGCGAGUGGCGCGGAGUUGCGCAAGGGCACGCGCUCCGACCCCGUGCUUUACCUCGACCGGCUGGCGGCGCUGUUCCGUGACGUCGACGUGCCGCCCCACACCGUCGACGCCGCGCACCCCUGCAUGCCCGCCUUCGAGGACGUCUGGCCCGUCGUCAACCAGAUCAUGCUGAAGUACGUAAAGGACGGCCGCGUGAUAGAGCGUGCGUGCCGCUGCGUGCGGUUCUCGGUGCGGGCGUGCGGGCAGUGGGCGGCGGCGGCGCUGCCGGCGCUGGCGACGGCGCUCGCGUCUCUGUACGCGAUGCAGCAGCACUCGUGCGUGCUGUACCUGGCGGCAGUGCUGGCGGACGCGCUGGCCGGCCCCGCCACCGCGCCCGCGCUGGCGCAGCUACUGCGAGCGCUGCUGCCGCCCGCGCUUACCUCGCUGUCGCAGCCGCAGGGCGUUGUCAACAACCCUGACACCGUUGACGAUCUCUUCCGGUUGUGCAUCAGGUACCUCCAACGUAUCCCGCUGGAGUUCCUGCGGUCUGGCGCGCUGGAGGCGGUGAUGCAGUGCGCGCUGCUGGCGUGCUCGCUGGACCACCAGGAGGCCAACUCCUCCGUCAUGCGUUUCCUCAACGACCUCGUGUGCGCCGCGCGCUCCUCACGCACCGAUCAGGAGGUCCAAAGGCUUGUGAACGAGACGAUCGACACGUACGGCGAGCAGCUGAUGCACGCGCUGCUGGAGGCGGCGGUGCUGCACCUCCAUGCCUACAUGCUCGAUGACGUAGCGGAGGUAGUGGUGGAGCUGGUACGUCUACAGCGCGCCCGCGGAGUGGACUGGCUCGGCAGCGCUCUGCGCCGGCUGCCGCGCGCACUGCCCGCUGCCACCGAGCAGCAAUGCUGCCAUUUCCACCAACUAGUACUCAGGACCGAGGCGUACAAAGAUGUGUACCGGCUGUUAUGCGACUUCGCCAAACUAUACCGGUAGAGCGAGCAAAACUGAACUGACGUUUCUCAACUAGCUUUACAUAUACACGAAGCCGUAAACUCAUAUCGGCAGAUUAAAUCUAAAUGUAGAAAUAUUAUUAUAUUGUAUCAAACAUUGUAAAAA